AUGACUUACAAAGAUGCUCGAGAAGCCUGGAAGUGGGCGGACAACUUCGUGCAACAGAGUGGUAAUGUCCUGAGGACACCAAGGUGUCGUCCGCUCUUAUCAACGCGUAAACACGACUACUACUUGAUCGGCCUCUACGCAGAUGUAGAGAAACAUGUGAAACCAUGUCUCGACUGUAGCUCGAGUAAGAGCUUACCGCAGCUUAAAGACUACUCACCUGGCAAUGCGCUCGUAGAGCGACCACUCCAGGUGGUGUCAAUGGACUUUGUGAUCCCUCUGCCGAGAUCCUUUCGAGGGAACACUGCCCUGUUGCUAUGGCAGUGCUCGUUUACUGGGUUUCGGAUCGCUAAAGCGAUGUCAGAUACCGAUGCCGUGACUGUGGCAAAGACGAUUUUGGUGCUCCGUCUCUAUAUUCGCCAGAACCGAGACCCACGCUUUAUGAGCGAGGUCUUCCAGGCCUUAGCUGAAUUAAUACAAGCGCGGUCGUGGUCGACCCUGAGCUAUCGCCCACAAGCAAAUGGACACCAAGAGCGAUCGGUCAAGACAGUGAUGCCGUCGGUCAAGGUCUAUCAAGGCUGGGAUGAGAUCGCCGAGCGACUAGUCUUUGCGAUCAACAACACUUAUGAUAUGACCAGCAAAGAGACGCCAUUUUAUUUGGUGCAUGGAUGGGAUGCCCAUACUACGCUACGAGCAAUGACGACCUCUAUUAAGCGAGGUGUUGGUAACCAGACUGAGGCACUAGCCUGGCGACGAGAGAUUAACCGUCAGCAGCAUAUUGCACUCGAGAUGGCAAAAGAAUACCAAGCUGUGGAGAAGGCCCGACGCGCUAGAAUCCAUAACGAGAAGCUCGUGGUGCACGUCUCUCGACUGAAGGCUGUAAACGAAUUCUGUGAUCGCCCAAAGGCGCGACUAGCUCGAGAUGUUGCUGAGGAAGCAAGAUUUGACUUUGACGAAGACCUGUUGCCUGAAGACAACUGGAUGCCAGAAGAAGUUGCUGGUGAAUUCGAGGUGGAAGCAAUUUUGGACGGCAGAACACCAAUGUCAACCAGCACGGAUAGACCUGUGCAUGAAUUUGAGGUGAAGUGGGUUGGCUACGAGUCAACUACAUGGGAGCCAGCCUCUAACUUGUCGUGUGGAGGACUCCAGGGUGCAAUCGUGAAUUCCCAACACGACACAGUGACCGAGGGCUCGGACGGCGGUGCAAUGACUGUUACGAGAUCUCUGUUUGAGGUCGGGAGUCGUGUGCGGCUAUAUAUGGAACAUGUCAAACCGGGCCUGACGAUCAAGAAGAAGGAGUUUGCUUACAAACUCGAACUUCCUGACCGAAGUGGAUACAGAUUUUACCCGGUUGUGCAUGAGUCACGUUUGACGGAAGUUGAUGGAUUCGAAGACCGGUCGAGUGCUUGUUUGGCGUCGGACGUGAACGAGGCUACUCGAUUGGAUUUUGAUGAAGAAUUAUUGUCGUUUCCAGCCAAAUUUCCAUAG